GGAUAAAUGCGAGGACGCACCGUAUUGCAAAGUUCGCGACAUUAUGAAGAAAUUCUCACCCCAUCCAGACCCGACCGACAGACUUCUCGAGAACUUGAAAAAGACGGUGAAGGAGCUUCACGGGGAGACGACCGAGUUGCAUGUACGGAACGAUUGAAAUUCAGCGAUUAAUUCGGGAGAAGAUUAUUCAAGCGGACGUUAAGCUGGAGGAAACUGAUAUGGAGCUCGAAUCCUUGGAACUUGCGAACAAGGAGAUGAGCGAUACCCUGAAUAAUUUGGAGAAGGAGGUGGAAAGUUACACUACUCCAAGUCUUCACUCCAUCCAUUCCGAGGAUUUGAUAUGUUUGUCGAAGAUUCGUCAACUGGCUAAAGAGGAAUUAUGCCUGAAAAAUUGUAUCAAGGAAUUGGAGCUGAAAGAGACAUUGUUCAAGGAACACAUGGACCGUUUGUUGACGUCUAGAGAGUACCAGAGCGUUUGCGGUAGACGUAAGAUGAUCGGUUGUCUUCAAGAUAUGUCCUGCGGCGAGAAGAAAAUAUGUUGUGUACCAGACAAAUGUUUGUGGCAAAGGCCAAACGGUCAGCGUUCGAAGAAGAAACUCGAGCAGGAAGGAAUCAACGUUAUUAGCGAGAGUGAACGGACACAGACCCAAAGCGACGCAAUAGUCUCUACUUCCGAGCACAGCAUUCAAAAUAAACAAGAACAAGCUGAAGAAAAGGUGGAGAAAAAAUCUUCAUGGAUGCCAAACUGGUGGUCAGCCAGCCAGAAAACAGAUUCUAUUCCGUCUCCUAAAAAUGAAGAAACGGCCACGUCAUCAAGUGCCAAGAACAAGGAACCUGAGAAGUCAACAGUAGUUGAAUCGACUGAAGCGACAGUUCAAGCCUUUAGUAUGAAAGAAAAACAGAAUGACAAGAAAGGGAACAACGAUAAACUAUCUAAAUCGAGGAGAACUGGAUAUACAACCCCAUCUUGCAAACCUUGUGGGCACUCUGUCUGUCCACCACCAUCCUCAGCGAAGUCUAAGGACCGUCGAAGGGUCAAGACAAAACUUUGUGCUGGCAAAUUUGUUUUACCUUGUGAUAUCCCCUGCAAUAAACUGUUCAAGGGUUGUCCUCAAUCUACGGUUCUCUCGAGAAAACCAUUCUGCGAGAUACCACGAUGCAGGAACAUAGAUCAUGGUAUUCGAAAAGCGUGCAAACCAUUCGUGUUGCCUUGCGAUCUUGGGAGUCCGUGUGAAAUUUGUCCUUCGAUGUCCUGCAAGGAUUAUUCACGGCCAGUCGGAAACUGCAGGUGCAACUGCCAGGGUAAAUGCGCGCGUGGACUGUCAGAUACAGAGUGCAACUGCAGCGAUGCACCGUUGGACCCGUCGGAGGAGUACCAACCGAUUGCUUCAAAAUUACAUAAGGAUGCGAAAGAUAACAAUAGCGAUGAUGAAUUCUGUGAAUGUUGUUCCUGCGGCUGCGAAGACAGCGACACGUCAUGCUCGCGUCAAUGCAACUGAUCGAUAGAAAUUACCAAUGGAAAAAUUUGUAAAAUUAAACAAUAUAUAUUUCUUUAUUCCUUUUGUACAUUAGUAUCGUAGGAGCCGCUGCUUGAGUAUGGAUUACGCCGAUAUCACAGUAUUAGAACUCUAUAUGAAGCGGAUAGUA